CUCGUCCUUAGCGCAGGAAAAUUCGUUAGUUCUUUUAACAUCUCGAGGCUGCGCAGGGCCGCAAGUCCGCCUCGACGACGACAUCCACAACACCUACAGGCACAACCACGACUUGCAUCGCCGUCCAGGAUAACCGUCGCUCGCUCGUGCUGUUCUCGCUGCUUGUCCUGCUCCCUCGUUGCGCGCCGGCUGGCCGCUGUGCUGUUCCGCCUGCUCCUUAAACCACCAACAACCCACCCGAACCACACACACCACACCACUGCGGCCACCACUAUCUACGCCCUCUCGGUCUCACGAACCGUCGCUCAUUCAGUCUCCGGGGCAAGCCAGCGUGAAUCGCCGUCUAGAUCUUACUCUAGGAGACUCACUCUUGUUGAUUCCCGGUCCCAUGUUGCGUCUCUCGAUUCACCCUCGCCUUAUACACCCCUCGCUAUAGACCACGAUAGACCGCUUGAUCCUCGAUAGUGGACGCAUCUCGAUAACGGGACCAUAGAUCCGGUAGACUGAGGAGACAGAUAAGAAGAGACUUGCGAGUUAUCACCAUGGAUCCGCUCGAGUUUACGCCGUGGCACCAGCUGGCGCCGCGAGGCAUCACCGGAGACGUCAAGGACACAUUCUCCUCCUGGGACAAGUGUAUGGCUAAAAGCUACUGCAAAUGGCCUGCCAUCGUUGGAAUCGUCAUCGGCGGCCUCAUCCUGCUCAGCGUCGUCUGGUGUCUCGUAGGCUGCAUCUGCUGCGGCUACACCUGCUGCAAGGGGUGCUGUGAAUGCUGCUCCUGCUGCUGUCCGUCGUCCUCUUCUUCUCGCAAACCACCGCCGGCACCCACCUACGAUAGCCGGUCCAAGUUCGCAGACGACUACUCCGGCUACCAGCGUCCUGCGCCGCCAGUAUACAAUACCCAGGCCGCCAGUUCAACCCCCAGCUACGCCCAGUUCGAUACCCUGGGCUCUCGUCCGGCGCCCACAGUGCCCACAUCGACUGCCAGAGUCAACGAAGAUGCAUUGCCUAACAUGCCUACCUGGCAAGACGCCACCACCAGACGUGUGGAAGACACAUCCCACCACAACGAGGAGAUGGAAAUGUCCCAUCUCAACCCUGUCACGGGGCACAGCGUAGUAGAUGACCCGGGAGCAGCUCACGGCUCAGCAUACUACCAACACGCACAACCCGUCUCGCCCAUCUACCCGCCAGACCACCACCACCACCACACCCCUCACUCACAGCCCCUGAACAUGAACAUGAACACGGGCGGAGGAUACCGCGGGCUGGAUCAGGGACAUACCAGUCCUUCCCUCCCUCCCACUGCUAUCGGCAUAGCACAUUCACCGGGUUGCGGCCCGGCACCACUGUCAAACAUAUACCAUGACUCCCAGCAGGAACAGCAGACCUCAGGCCAAAUAUACGUCCCGCCACGAUACAACACUCAGUCCCCUUCGACCAUCGGCAUCGCUACUCCUGCUCCUCCUGGCGCAGGUGAUGCAUAUGGCUACACACAUCCAAACGGGAGCAGUCGCAGUUUCACUCGUUCUCCUGUCCAGCAUAUCAGAGGCACACCGUCGCCUAGACCGCAGCUAUCGCCCGUAAAUACAUAUAGUCCAGAACACAGCGGACUGCCAUACCCUACCUCAAGAUCUUACUCUCCCGCUCAGCAACAGAGGACAUACACUCCUUAUUCACCCUCGACGUCAACACCACCUCCUCCUCUUUGGAACGGGCAGGGGUCGGGCGCAGACAAGCCACAUGAGGCAGAGCAGUCGGCUUCACAGCCACCCCGGGCUCCAAGCUUGUUGAUGGCUGGAAGAAAGCCCGUGGAGAACUCCUGGAGAGAUGUAUAG